AUUGGAAUGGUAUUUGAGACGUAGCUGUUGUGGAAGUCCUCGUCUUUCAAUUUGUGCUGUGUGUUUGUUUGUCUGAGUUCGGUAAAAUAGAGAGAAAAAAAUGGCGUUUGUUUCUCAAUUCAAUCAACUUCCGUGCAAGACUCUCUCACUGAAUCCACCGCAACCUCAGCCGAUUUCUAAGCCAUCGAUUUUCCCCAUCAGCUCGAUUGGGGCCGGAGCCAGAGUAGCGGCGGGGAAGUCGGCAAUCUCGGCUAGACCUGCGUUCAAGAUCCGUGCGGUGGGGAACGAUGACGAGUGGGGGGAGGAGAAGGUGGAGCCUUACGAUGAUGGUUCGGCUGUUGCGGUCGCUGAAGAGGAGCCUCUGGAGCAAUCGGAGAUCUAUAAACUGAAGAAGGCGUUGGUGGACUCGUUUUACGGGACCGAUCGUGGAUUAAGAGCGUCUAGCGAAACUAGAGCGGAGAUUGUGGAGCUGAUUACGCAACUGGAAGCGAAGAACCCUACACCAGCUCCUACGGAGGCCCUAACUCUGCUCAACGGCAAAUGGAUUCUCGCGUACACAUCGUUCUCGGGUCUGUUCCCAUUGUUGUCUAGGAGUACAUUUCCAUUGGUGAAAGUGGAAGAAAUUUCACAGACAAUUGAUUCAGAGAGCUUCACUGUUCAAAACUCUGUCCAGUUUUCUGGCCCUCUGGCUACCACUUCCAUUAGUACUAAUGCAAAGUUUGAAGUUCGAAGUCCUCAGCGCGUACAGAUCAAGUUUGAAGAAGGCGUCAUUGGGACACCCCAGCUGACGGAUUCAAUAGUGAUACCAGAGAAUGUGGAGUUUCUUGGACAAAAGAUCGAUCUUUCACCAUUCAAUGGCAUCAUAUCCUCCAUCCAAAACACUGCUUCAAAUGUGGCGAAGACAAUUUCUAGCCAACCACCAAUCAAGUUCUCGAUCCCAAACACGAAACCAGAGUCGUGGUUGCUAACUACUUAUCUCGACGAAGAUCUUCGAAUUUCACGGGGAGAUGUUGGUAGUGUGUUCGUACUCAUCAAGGAAGGCAGCGCUCUCUUAUCACCCUGAUCAAAUACUAUUAUUGUCUUUGCUAAGGGAAUGUUGUUUAAAGGGUUCAUAGGAAAACUAAAUUGUUAUCUAAAGAUGGUGUAGCAAGUGUUGUAGUUGAACCACAUAUAGUAAAUGGUAUCGCCUGCUGUUUAAAUGGCCAGCUUCAGUUAGCCAUGCCUUCUUUUACAUUGUAGUCACUUAACAUUUGGAUCGAAGUGGUAGUGGAAA